AUGACACAGGUUAUCUAAACUCAGGGAGGUUUACACUGCGAUGGUGCCACCAUGAUGAAAGUAUACUUUAAUCAAGGAAACUUCCCUGUAGUCGUACUCGAUGCAUUAAAUGCUCUAUUAUUGCUGUAUAGGAGGAUAAUCCAAAUGCUGCACUGGUAUUUUUCUGGCAGCCAUUGCAUAAACAGGUAUAUUGUUCGUUGAAAUUGUUGGUGCUAAUUGUACUUGUCAGUAUUACACAGGCAUAUGCACAGGCAUAUGCUGUCGUUUGGAAAAUAUCUUGAGAAAUAUAUCCGAUCAAAGAGAAAUAUAUCCGUAAUACAUGAUCGACUCAUGAAGAUUCAACCAAUAGAGUGUUAAAUAAUACGAAAUUAUAUUGAUGCAAAAUAUUCAUGAUGAAAGCCACUUAUAUACAGUAGUUGAACUAUAUUUUGAUAAACCAUCACUAUUUAACUACAAAAUAGUGAUUAAAAAAGUGAUUAAGAGUUUUACAACCGGCCCCUGACAUCUCUAUUUUAGAUUCGAGUUGAAGGUACAGUCAGUAAAUUGAGUGUAGAAGAAUCUGCAAAAUAUUUUCACUCUCGUCCUGUUGGUAGCCAGAUUGGUGCGUGCGUGAGUCACCAAAGCUUACCUAUACCAAGCAGACAGGUACAGCAUGUAUAAAAUCUUCUCAGUAAUUGUGGGUUGUCAGCGUAGGCUGCAUGAAUGUUGAAAUAUAAAGCCAUUGUAUAUAUAUGUAUGCUGGAUCGUCGGCGUGAAAAUACCGUAACCAACUGAGGUUAAUGAUGCAAAAUAUUCUGAAAUUAUAUCUUGUCCUUUGUUUACUAUAUUCAGAAUAAAUAACAGUUUCAACUGACCUUUAUUACAUCUGUGUGGAUACAACAAUAAAGUAAAUCGAAUUUUUAAGAAAACACUAUUAGCCAUUUUACUCACACGUUUCUGGCACCUACUGUAGCUUUCUCCUUGCAUCUCAAACUCAUUAAUAAUUCAUGAGUAAAUUAGCCAACCAUAUUCACUUUAUAUGCAUGAUAAUACUGGAUACUUGGUGAAGUAUAUUGAUCCAGCAUUGGAUCAAAAUUAAUUCAGUCCUUCGACUGGAUCAAAAUUAUUUCACCUCACUUUAAGUAGUGAUUAUUUCGAAUGAUCGAGAUGUCAUUUCAAGUCCUCCAAUUCGGACUGGACUAGAUUUCAAGCCAGUCCUCUGCUUUGCCUUAAUUGGACUUGUUCAAAUUGCGCGGCCUUGCAAUCUAGCCAAGUCCUCAUAUAGUCGGAUUGAAAUAUAACAUCUCAUGUUGUUAGCUUCCCUACACUUUAAACAUAAUUUAUUACAAAGCUAUACAGUGAUUAACAAAGUGAUGUGAGGUUCAGUUCCUCCACAAGAGGGGGAAAAACCAUAUGAUAUAACCAUAUAAACUAAAACAAUAUGAUUUAACUUUUUUUCUCAUUCGAUGAGUACAUUGCAUGAUAUGAUCAUGAAUGAUUGUAUCUUAAGAUGUUCUUUCAUUCUAUAAGGUGCUGAUUGAUAAAGAAAAAGAGUUAACGGAAAGGUUUGCAAAACUUGAGGAAAUUCCAAAACCUGACUAUUGGUAAGAUACUUGAAGUUUUAAGAUAUGUAUGUAUUUUACAUAUAUCUAUACUGCUAAUCGAGCAGGCAUGCUUGCAUUUUAAAAUUCCAUGGAAAAGAAUAAAUAUCUACUGUUAUCCACUGUUAUUUAAAGCCAAUGGCACUACACACGACACAAAUCACGGUAUAAAAAGUUAAUGAGUUAAUGAAAACCGUUUUGUGCUGCCGAUUUGUUAUGCGUUGCACUGAAUUUAGGUUUUAGAUAAAUUUUGUAUAUAUUGACUUUUGAAUUCGUUUGCCAGUAGAGUAAAGCUCUGUUUUGUAAACGACGAAUUUAAUAGACCUUUGAAGUGCUUGCGUCACCUAAUUUUCAAACUAUGAAUUAUUGACCUAAAAGUAUUCCACAAUGCACUGUGCAUUCCAGAAGCCCUAUGUAUUACAAAUUGCGUGACGUAAGCUUAAGGUCUAUUCAGACGUUUUUCAACAAUUGUUCCUUUCUAAUAACAGGGGUGGAUAUCUCGUACAUCCAAGGAUUAUUGAAUUUUGGCAAGGUCAAAGUAAUAGAUUACAUGAUAGAAUACAGUUUCGAAGAGCAGGUUAUGAACAGUUGGAAGGUCAAUCUUUUGACACAAGUAAUUGUUGGAAUGAUGGCGAGGAUGGCUGGAUUUAUUCAAGAUUAUCACCAUAACUAUAAAGGGUCUCCCAGGGGUGGGGUCUGUGUUCCCCCAUCGUUUUUCCUUUCUUCCCUUGAUCCCCACAAAUAUUUCACCAAUUUCCCUUGUUCCCCAGGGGCCGGUUGUUCAAAGGCGAGUUAACCCUAUUACCCCAGCGGUGUAUCUAGCUUGAUAAUGGGGGGGGUCCAUAUUCAUAUAUUCGUGUUCACAGACAUUAAAAACAAUCGAUUUCAAAAGAAAAUAAUAAUGCAGAACACGAAUAUAUAAAUAUGGAACCCCCCCCCCCCCAAUUAUCGAGUUGGCUACGCCGCUGGCUAACCCUGGGUUAAAAUUAACCUGCUGCUUUGGUUUGUGUAUUUCUGCAUGUCUGUUUAAUUCAAAACGUCAAGUAGUAAACUCCUAUCGACCCAGCCAAGAUUUCUGAAGAAACAUUUCCAAAUUUAUAGACAAGCUGUCAGGACUUAGAAGUUUAGGUUAACCUAUGGGUUAAGCUAAUCGGCUUUCGAACAACCGGCCCCAGCAGUACUCCUACGCCGUACAUGUUCCCUACAUAUUAUAAUUUUUUGGCUUUGUCCCCGUCUUCCCAUUGCAAAAUAUGCCUUGUCCCCUAUAACCUUGGGAGACCCUCAGUAUAGAAUUUCUUAUUUCUUUGGAUAAUCAAAUAUGCAGGUAAUGUUGUACUUAUGAAAUCCAAUCACAAAUCAAAAUAUAUGUUCGUUGCCAUUGGAAAAAGCUCGUCUUGAUCAAAUUUCUUUCAAAGUUGUUGAAUAUGAUCUGGGGGUGUUUAUACGAGCUGUAUAUAGGAAUGAGUUAGUCCUAUACUAUUGACGAGAUCUCUCUAUUGACUACCCGAGAUCUCGCCUAGUAGUUGACCCAUUCACAUAUGCAAUGUUCUUUCGUCAAAAUCCAAGAUCUGAUUGGUUAUGUCAGUGAAUAUAUGCUAAUGCGACCUUUUAAAAGCCUGGUUCUCACACUGGUCAUAAUUCAUCGGCG